AUUGACAGACAGAUGGGCGGACAAGCCAUUACUACACAUUUAAGGCUCCUGUAUCUUAGAAGUUGAGAAAUGAUAGAUGACCGAAAUAAUUUAUUGUGUAAAUAUGCCAUCUAUGAAUUCAUGAUUAACAUGAUUCUUGGUAAUUUAUUUGAUAUUCACAUAAACCACAACAGUCGUUUGUUUGGGGAUUUUUACUGUUGAAUUUGAAACUUUAGUCAAAUCAAGAUUCCUGCAAAGCUAAAACAAGUUGAAGUUUAUUCUAGUUCUUAUCAUCGUCUCAAAAUCAACGCCCUUUGUUUAUGUACAGAAGAUAACGGCAUUGAGCCAGUCUUCACUUUGCGCUUCUUGCACGGACAACGAUACUUCCCGACACGUAUGUAGCAGACGAUGAUUUAAAAUUUCCCUGAUGCAUUUUUCUGCUCUCCCGCGUAUAAAUGCAAACGAGGCUGCAAUGACUGCCAUACAGACUUCUAGGAUGCCCCAGAUCCAUGGUCAGGACAUCCAUCAGACGGUCAUCAAGCGACCUUUCGAACCACUCACCAAAGCGGCCGUGGAAACAUUCAAUGAAUGUAUCUACAAUAAAAUAGAUGAUGAUGAUUUCAGUGACCAUGAUUCUCACUACUCAGAAGAUCUAGUUGAUGACAAUUUUGACUUCCCUUUGUCGCAAGGGCCGGAUGUGACGCAACAAUUGCUUAAUUUUGCAGAUAUGGUGAAUGCUGAUAUUCAGAAAUUUUUUGGUAAAAAGAAAGAUGAGGACUCUUGCGAUAUAUAUGAAGAUAAAUGGGUCACGACAAAGUCGGGGAGAGAACUGUACUACGCAGAUCUUCUUCGCAUUGCUCAGGGUGAAAACGUAGAUACCAAAAACACAAAAGAGUUAUUAACUCUCAACAAAACAUCACAUGAGAAAACGAACAGUAAUAAUAAAUAUAGUGGAAAAUUAGACAUGAAAUUGGGGCUAGGGCCUCUUGAAGACCUAUUUAGAUAUGGAUUAAAAGAUUUCAUAUCGGAUAAGAAAAAAUCUAAGAAACCCAAACGCAUUCAAACCGAUGUUAAAAAAUUCAGUGAUUUAACUCCAAUGAGUCAACGGAAGCUCCCUCAAUCGUUCUGGCAGGAGCCCGGAGGAAACAAUCGAACACAUGGCAAAGUAAACGGAAACGGUGCUCCAAUGAUUAACUCCUCUCAACCACCUGAUUUCAGUGAUUUGCUACAUAGCUGGACAAGAUAUGAAGAAGAAGAAUACAGUGGUGGAGAUAUGUCCUCCAGUGAAAUUAGUGUGGCCUCCACGGAGUCCACGACUAUGGAACAGUUAUAGCCAUGUGAUCACAAUAAUUAAGAAAUUCUAGUCACCUCAAAUAAAUUCAUUCCAAUUCACUUGCCGGAAAACAGGGUAAAGAUGUGUGCAAUCUACCAUCUGUAAAACUUUCACCGUCACAAGAAAGUUUUUUUUCCUUCUCAUUUUGACAAUGUGUUCUUGAGUUUUAGAAUAAAACCUUCAUAUCUUGA